GAACGAUAAAUUUCACUUGCCUCCCUGAAAUGAGACGUGGUGAAGAACUCACAGUAACACUUUUGUGUUCAGAGCAGGUCUGACCAUCAGGAACCACCCUCUCCUAUAAGGAGUCUCCUCAAGGCUUGCUCUCUGCCCACCCUUUGUUAAAGCUUCCAGAACACUCUAGAAUAACUGGUCCUCCGACUCCCUGUGCUUUAUCCAUCUCAAGGACAGUCCAUAUUGAUGAGAAGUUUCUUAUCAACUAUCCCCAGGAACAGAGAUGAACAUUCCCUGCUCAGCGUACCGAGAGUUCUGAUUACAAAACAGCCCCUUCUCUGUAAACCUGCCCACCCGCGGCAGGCAGGCGUGUCUCCUCCUUAUAAAGCUGGAAGGCCGGGGCAGCCCCGCAGGACACUGCUCUCCACAUCUGGAGCGCUCCUCCUGGGCUGUAGCCCGAAUGCGCGCAACUUGUAGCCUGCGUUCAAGAACCGCUGCUUCCCAUGGCCCAAAGAAAACCCGUGUGGCCUCUGCUGGCAGCCCAUGGUCUCUAGCUUCCUUCUGCUUACUGCAAGUCCUCCCUGUUGACCAUCCCAUCUACACCACACCCCAGUAGGGCUUCCAGCUCAGACCAGACCCCAUGGAUCCACUGGAGAAAUGGAAUGCGGCAUUGAAUUCCGGGUCUCCCCGGCUGACCAUUACUGCGGCCUCCCAAGAGGUCAUGAUGGUCUCUGAGCCUUGUUCCUCCCAGCAGCUCAGGAUGAGCUUCAGCGAGCUGAGCCCAGGUGCAGGUCCCAGUGCCUCUGCGCCUCUGCCCGAGGGGCUGGUUCAGCAGCAUUACAGGGAGGAGAAGAGUCUGCUGAGGCAAAGGCGCUGGGAGAGGCUGGGGUUAUCUCAGAAGAAGAAGGCGUCCCCGGGCCACGUGAGACGCAGGCACCGCGACCAUAUGGCUCCUUACGCAGUGGAAAGGAACACCGGAUCUUCUCCAGAUGACAGAGCUCAGAAUCGGAUCCGAUGUGAAUGUCGAUACUGCCAGGGCCACGGGCCAUCCACGGGGAUUUCAGGGGAAGGAAAUGCCACCGCCAGUUCUUCCUCUUGGGAGUCGCUGGUACAGGGCCUCAGUGGCUUGACCCUCAGCAUGGGCACCAACCAGCCUAGCCUUCUGCCAGAGGGGGCGCAGCAGCAGCAGCAGCCACCUGAAGAGAGGUGCCCACGGGAGAGGCAGCAGGAAAACAAGAAGAUGUUCCAGAGGCUGCUCAAGCAGUGGCUGAAAGACAACUGAGAUGGUGAUCCUCAUGGGACAGAGACUGAAGGGAGGCAGACGUGCUGUGUGGUCAGCUUCUGGACUCGUGUCCCUCUUGGGCACAGUGAGCAUUCUUCUUAGGACUCCCUAACCCUGUGCUGACCAGAAUCCUCUUGGCAUGACAGUUCGUUCGCUCCCGGGAAGUCUGUCAUCUCUCCUGCCAGCUGUUGUAGGACAGUCGUGAGGCAUUCUGGGACAUGGGAAACAGCAUAUCGGUGGUCCUCAACUCAUCACAUGUGGUCACUUUCUCCACCUGGCUCUCCAUCUUUGCUCUCUACCUUGUGCCAGUAAGAUGUAAGCUGUCUCUGUGGUAUGACUGCCUUGUCGAUGUCCAUGUGCUUUUGUGCCAUUUUAUUGACUGUCAGCCAGGAGCAGCUUUCUGUCAGUUUGAAGUGGCAGGAUGUGACACUGAGAUCCGGGUUCAAGAAUCUGCUUUGGAACACAAGUGUGGGAAAGGGAUGUCGAUUUGGACUCUAGUGGGUCACCAUUGUACUGUCUGUGUAAAGUAUUAUGACUAUGAUAAACUAACUGUGAGUAAAUGUUUCUCUGCUCCUUAGCAAUUGCGUGUUCUCCCACGCAGGACUUUUUCAUAACAUCACCAAUACCAAAUAAACGUGCACAUGAAAGGAAA